GGAAGGAAUAGAGUUAGAAUAGAAGAAACAGAGGGAGGAAGGGAGAGGGUAAAGUUAAAGUCAGUGUGGUGAAAGCAAAUGUCACUGGUGGUCAAGGGAAUCUAUCUAAGCAGGCAAUAAAUCAGUUAGGGAUGACAGGUGAGCAGAUGGAGAGAUAAGAAGAGAUAAGCAAUGAAGGAAAGGAGCACAGUGGGAGCAGUGGAGGAAGGUAUGCUGAGAUAAGAAGAAAAGGAGAAAGUGCUGCUAGUAUAGCUAGAUAAUAAGUAAAGAGCUUGACCACAAUUAAGAGAAAUCAUAAAGACUUUAUGUAAUUGGAAACUGUGGAAUAAAAUUUAUGCUUACACAAGAUUACAUGAGAGAACCUAUUGAGUAAUGAGGUAUUAUGAUGGUGAACAAUAACAAGUAAUUCCAUGCAACAUAACUUACAAACAUGAUGGCUAGUGUUGUAUGGUGAAGCCCCACAAACUACAGACCAAGAUAAGAAUAGAGAAUAUCCUAGGAUUUUAGGUGGUGUAUAUAAGAAGCCAGUGAGGUAGAGAGUUUAGAGGCUCCAUCUGAGAAUGAAUUCAGGUCAGCCUAGUAGUGCCACAUGAAAUCAACAGUGCCACAACUAUAGACCCUAGUUUGGUGAGACCAUGGGGUUAUAACUUGACAUUUAUAUACAACAUUAUAAUGUAAGCAAAAUCCAUCUGACAGACAUGGUUGGGAGACCUGACAAUUACAGGUUUUCCCUCUAGCAGUGGACUUAGGAUUAAUCCCUAUUCUAUGCUGAUUCAUAUGAUCAGUUAUCCUCAAAGGAGGACCAGAGGUGUUAAUGUUAGUAGUAUGGGACUUGGAGAGGGUGUCACUACUGUUACAUGUGUUAAGGUUACUAGAACUAGGGCUGAUGGUACUAGUGUGACUAUCAUUGAAGUGGGUAGGAUUCCCAAAGUUCAUAGUAUUAGUAUUUAGUGGGUUAAGGCGGGGUCCAAAUGAAUAGUUUAUAGGGCCCACAGUAAGGCAUCUAAAUUUGCACCUAUUGGAAGAGGCAAUAAUAGAUCCUAAGUUUGGUGUUUUUGGAGUAUGAGCUUUCAAUUGAAGAUUUAUUAGAGAUGGAGUAGUGUUUAUAGUGUAAUGGGAAAUUAGAGCUUAGAAUUUGGAAAAAUAGCUUAGGUAAAGAUUUAACUUGGGGAGAGAAUGGUGAACUUACAACCCCUGAGGUGGCUGUAAUACUGGGCAAGUACCGACCACAAGGAAAUCCAUUGCAGGGUGAUUAGAUGUGGAUGGGUAGAGGCAAGCUUGGCAGGCUUAGAUUCCACAUUAGGAAAGAGAAGUGCAAGUUUUGUCUUUAGCCUAGUAUUGGGAAUGUAAGAGAUUCUCUUGUAGAAGCCACUAUUCCUAAAAGCCUGGUAUAACUAGCAUGGGACAUAAUUAUUAAAGAUAUCCUCAUUAGCUGAUAGGUGAAAAAUCCUGAUUGAAACACUAGCGAUAAUGCUAUUAUGGGUAAAUCUAGGGUAAUUAGAAAGGACAUUGAUAUAUUGUAAUCACUCUUUCAGGUCACUUCUUAGAAGUUAGUUGCUUUAAUGCUAUUUUCAAAUGAGAUAGAAAGGUUAUAAUUCUUAAAAAGUUAUUGAGGAUCUUCCAAGUACUUUCAAUGAAUGGUCGAGAUAUACUGGUGGCUGUAAGAAGAGCAUUGUCCUCCAGAUAGGCUAGGGAAGUGCUGGUUUAUUUGAGAGCGAAGAGAAAGUUCAACCAGGUCGUAUGUAGGUAUGUAUUGUGCGGAGGUGUGUGAAUGUCUGUCUUUCUUCAUCGUUGUAUGUCGGUAAAUAAAGUGAAAAAAAAAAAAUUAGUGCUUUACGAAAUCCCUCAAGAUAUCUUUUCUGCGUCGAGUUACAGGGACACUACCUUGUCACUCUGAUUGUCAGAAAUGUAGUGACGAAUCAAUGAUUAAUCUAUUGCGCUAUCGUUGUGUAAGUGCUUGUCAUGAAAUUCGCUGAAAGUAAAUAAAAUAGUUUACGCGUUUAAUUCGUAAUGCUAAAGACACCCAGUUGGUGGAUCUAUUCAAUAUCAGUCACAAAAUACAUAUUUUUGUCACUUAUUAGUAAUCUACAAAGUUUCGUCUCCGUACCUUUUCAAUUUGAAUUUUAUAAGUAUAGUUUGAAGAAAAUGGUAUGAUGAUUCGGGCAUCGUUCUUCAUAAAAGAUGUUUUAUGAAUAACAUUUACCAAAUUUUCCUGUAUGAUAAUGAUAGUUCAUAAAUUAAAAUAUAUUUAACUUUUCAUUGCAUGAUUACUAAAAUAUAAACGAAGAUACCAAAGUUUUUUUUCUUUCCUCUUUAAGACUACAAUUCUAAAGUCCAAUUUAACAGCAAAUGUUGAUUAUUCACGUUAUUGCAAUUUUGUUUACGUCGAUAAACUGUAAUUAAUGGAUCGUGUUGCUGAAUUAGAAAAUGCCCUUCCUCACGAUUUUCAAUCGUUUUUCCACGUCGAAGUAGCACUGAAACCAGAAAGCAUUGCUCGGAAAAAUUUUAUCAAAGAGCGUGUCAAACUAUUCUUAUAUAAUCAGAAGGUGGCUUAUGGUGAUUUUAUUACCACAGAGUUUGAUGAUGAAGACUUAAAAACUCAUGUAAAAAGUUUAGCUUUGUGUGAUACAGAUUUGAGCAUCAGAGAAAGACAGAGUAUUGACUUACAGAGCAGCAAUUUGAAAGUGCAUGUUUUCCAUUUACAUGAAGAUGGUCCCUCAGAUGAAGAUCUUGGAGAUGAUAGUAAUUGUAGUGUUGCACAGAUUUGGAACUUGCCUAGUUUAUCCUUCUAUAACAUGUGGGAUUUUCUAGUAUUUGAUGAAGAUAUAAAAGCUUAUCUUUUGAAUUAUGCUAUGACUACAAUUCUCUUCUCUGAUAGUAAAGUCAACAGUAAUAUAAUCUCCUGGAAUCGAGUAAUUCUUCUGCAUGGACCACCAGGGACUGGGAAAACUUCUCUGUGUAAAGCUCUGGCACAGAAAAUAUCUAUUCAACUAUCCGACCGCUAUAAUUAUGGCACAUUGAUAGAACUUAACAGUCAUGGAUUGUUUUCUAAGUGGUUUUCAGAAAGUGGCAAACUUGUUGUGAAGUUGUUUGAGAAAAUUGAAGAGAUAAUUAUUGACAAUGAAGCUUUGGUAUUUGUAUUAAUAGAUGAAGUUGAAAGUCUUACUUCUGCAAGAAAAAACAGUCUGAAUGGCAACGAACCGUCUGAUGCUAUUAGAGUGGUCAAUGCUCUUUUGACGAAAAUCGACCAAAUCAAAAAUUAUUCAAAUGUCUUGAUUCUUACAACAUCAAAUAUCACAGGUGCCAUUGAUUUGGCAUUUGUAGACAGAGCUGAUAUCAAGCAGUACAUCGGUUUGCCUUCACCUCGAGCAAUUUUUAAAAUAUACCAUUCUUGUAUCAAUGAACUAAUGAGGACGGGCAUAAUUUCACCUGUUCAGCAAAUGCUUGAUAUUCGAGUUUUAGAAAUUACUGGUUAUGCUGAUAACGAUGCCACAAAGCUUAGUCUUCAAUUGUUAACCAUUUCACAGAAAAGUUAUGGCUUGAGUGGGAGAACAUUAAGAAAGAUGCCAUUUAUUGCUCAUGCUCUGUUUUUGAGGGUUUCAUCGUCGACGUUGGAAGUGUAUCUGGACGCUCUUGACAAAGCUGUUGACAAUCAGUUUACUCAACAAAAUAAUUUGUGUAAGGACAAUUAAAGUGAUGUUUUACUGGAAUCUAAGCAUAUGUGUGUUUAUUUACAUGUAUGUGUGAAUGGAAAAGAACUUUUGGACAGAAAAUUAAAAAUACUUGACUUGAAAAAAAGAAAACAAAAAUCUAUAUGAAUAACUAAACUUUUCUCCUUACUGUGUAUGCAUGUAAAUAGAUGAAUAUAUAUGUGUGUAUAUGUACAUAAGAAUGUUUGUAUGUGCAUGUAAGCUUAUGUGUGUGUAUGUGAUGUAAGUUGUGUAAACAUUAAAGUGUUUUAUACUGACAUGUGGUAUGUAAGCUUUAUGUGUGUAUGUGUAUAUUGUGAGUAUAUACAGCCAUAGCGAAAAGUUUGGUAUGUUUUUUUCAAAAUUAAAAUUCUUAUGCCCAAUAUAUGCUCCAACCAAAUAUAACUUGGAGCAUUUAAUAUAAAAAUUCUAAUUUACAGACCUAUGUUCCAAACUUUUGGCCACAACUGUAAAUAUGUAUGUGUAUUGUGUAUGCAUAUAAGUAUAAAUGUGUGGUAAGAGUAAAACAAAAACACAUUUGUUAUGAAUGUUUAAAAUGAAUGUUGGACCCACAAAACCUUUUGUUGAAACUAUAAUUCAGCAAUGUAUUUUGUUCGGUAUGACACAUUGCUGUUACCUCACUCAUCCUACCUCUGACUAGCUAAUAAUAUGCACACAUUAAAGUUAUUGCAUUGCUGCAAUGAUUCAUCUAUGCUACAAUUCCAUAUUUACAGACUCAUCCUGUCUAUCAUAGUUCUCUGGUUUCUCUUUCUCCUUAUGCCUGUAUUUAUUUUUUUUUUUUUAAUGUACAUUCUCCCAUUCAUGUUAAAUACACAGGCAAGAGAUGAUGAUGAAAAAUAAGUGUCCUGUGAGGCCAGCUAACAUACCUAUGUUGGUUUUUGUAACUUUCACUUACACCUCUAAUAACACAACAUCCUCGUUCCUUUCACCUGUAAAUAAUAGACCUUGUUCAUAUGUUAAGAUUUAAUAUUAAUAAAGAAAUACGUGUGCAUGCACACACACACAGACACACUAUAUAUAUAUAUGUAUGUAUAUAUAUAUAUAUAUAAUGAUAGACUCUCCCAUUGAAGACGACAUAAAUGGUUUGUUUAUAGUGAUCAAAUGUUCAUGCUGAACAUCAUCCAUUAUCUCUUCUCUCCAUUUAAUCAAUGUUGUCUGAACAGGUGCAUGGUGUAUCAUGCAUCAGGUGUCAAAGUGAUUGCAGAGCAUCAUGAGAUGAAGUGUUUUACUCAAGAACACCUUGCAUUUGGUCAAGGAACUGAAACCACAAUCUAGCAAUCAUGAGUGCAACACCCUCACCACUAAGCCAUGUGCCCCUCCCCACAAUAUACACAUGUGCGCACACACACACACAUAUAUAUAUAUAUAUAUAUAUAUAUAUAUAUAUAUAUAAUGGGCAUAGGCUUGAAACAUAAAAUACUUUUUCUUUUUUCCCAAGUGUCAAACUAAUACACUUGCUUGUUGUUCAUACACCUGUCUUCAUAUUUUGUUUUUCUAUAAAUUUCAACUAUAUAUAUAUAUAUAUUCUUUUACUGGUUUCAGCCAUUGGGUUGCAAGCAAACUGGGGUACUGCCUUCAAGGGAUUUUUUUAAAAUUUUUCAUAGCUGAUUAUAUUGUUUGUAUUUGAAAGAAAUCAGACAUUUGAUCUCAAAUUUCUUAAGACAUGGCCCAUAACUUCUGGAAAUGAUCAAGAUUUCAUCUUAAUUGUGAUAUUCUUGUGUUACAGUUUUAAAUGACUGCCAUUUUACACAUUUGUUUAAAUAAUUAUCACUGGUUUUUUUUUUUUUUUAAUUUCUUUAUUCCAAAUGUUACCCAAUAUUUAUAUUUUUAUGUUUUUGUAAACUCAAUUUUCUUUUCAUUCAUGAAAUUAUGAAUAUCAUUACCUUUUAUUUUAGCAUGAUUUAGUAAUUUAACUUAAAUUACUAUUUUGAAAAACACUUAAAUACAAAAUUGUUCAAAAUUACAUAUUCUAUUUUAGAUUGAAUAAACAUUUUUUCCCCUUUUAUUAUACAUAUCAAC